AUGAAAUUCAAAAAGUCACCCGCCAUGAUUGUUAUGUUUUUCAGAUGGUCCGUUGAGCAGUUAGUGUUUUUACUGGACGAGAAGAGGAGGAAGUUUACGUUUUUUAAGUGUCUUCUGGAAAACAGCAAGAUACCAGAACAUGGAUUCUAAAUUUGCUCACCUGCGCCAGCGGGACACCAGUGUGUCAAUGCUGAGGGUAAAGAUGUCCCGUAGGAGGUCUCAGUCCCAGAAGGAGAACCGAGAACGGGCCGUGAACACACGCAGGCAGCUGGCCGAGCUCCCGGAGCUGGAAAUGUCUUCUCUGGAUGCCUCCGUAGCGGUGGCCAACAUGUCAACCAUUCAGGAGAAGACAAUGAACAAUGCAAAAUCUGCUAAAAAUGUGGCUGGAGAAGAGAGGUUGAAACAGCUGGAGCGCUGGAAAGAGCGUAAGACUCUUGAGAAGGAGAAAGAAAAGAGAGAAAAGGAGCGCAAAGGGGUAUUUAAGACGGGCAUGUAUCAUCCAAAGGACGACCUUAUCAUUGCCUCUCUGCCCGCGGUCCCAGCCGCCUCAACCAGAGCUAAAGAGACAAAAGUGAACACAGCUCCAUCCCAGAGUACCAGAGUCACUCGUUCAAUGAGACAGCAGCAGCAAGUGCAGAGGCCUCUGAAGAUGCAGGAUUCAAAUACUGCGGCAAAGAAAGCUCAACCUGCCGUGGAAAGAUCAACCAGGAGCCGGGUCGCUCCAGCCAAGCUUGCACCUGUGCCAGCUAUUUCCAAGACCAAAGUUUGUGCAGUGGAGCCUGUCGUACGAGCUUUGCCAACCAGAUCAGCCAACAGGCCUCCUGUUACAGCAGCUCCUGUGGUGAAAGACAAACCUAAGGAUGUAAGAACCACAACAAGGAGCAGAGCGUUCGUCAACCAAGUGGCCCCCCCUUCUGACCGAGAAAGGAACUGUAAAGCAACUGUCAACAACACUGUCGAGCCUUUUGUGCCCAUGGAGAGCAUUUCUGAGCCCGAGAUGCACGAGCCAGAGGAAGAACCUUGUCCCCCCAGCCCAGCACCCUGCUCUGAGGAGGAAGACAUGGUGGUGGAGGAAGACAUGGUGGUGGACCAAGCGGCGGCUGACUCUAUCCCCGCUGUAGAUCCCGCCAAAGCGCCAUCCUCUUUCGCUCCACGUGGAUUUAUCUUCCAGGCUCCCACUGGCUUGUCGUCCUUCAAGUUCGAGCCUCUCACUCCUCGCUCAGCAGACGCCUUCCUCACACCCAGCCCCAGCUUCAGCAUUCCAGAGAUCCCCGCUUUCAACGCCAAGCCUCAGGCUGAGCCAAGCGAACCCUCUCCUGCUAAAUCUCCUCGCCGCUCUCCUCCACACACCUCUCAAACGAUGGCCCCUCUUGCUCCAGGCAGCCCCCUGGAAUCAAAGCAUGACGUACCAUACUUCAGAUUGGAAAUUGUCAAUGAGACGGACAGACUGACGACUCUGUGUGUCGACUGGGAGCCUAAAGUGGAAGAUGAGUCCAUCCCAGAAGAGAUGAGAGACCGCAUGCGUACAGCAGUAGGCCAAGCGAGGCUGUUGAUGAAAGAGCGCUUCAAACAGUUCAGCGGCCUGGUGGACGACUGCGAUCUGGGCCGAGGGGAGAAGAUCACCACCUGUACUGACCUGCAGGGAUUCUGGGACAUGGUGUAUUACCAGGUAGAGGAUGUCCAAAAGAAGUUCGACGCUCUUAAAGAAGCAGAGAGCCGAGGCUGGACGGAGGAGCACAAGCCACCGCCGCGGCAGAGGAAAGUAGCGAAGAAACCACUAUCAGCUGCACCCGCCAAGCCAACAGGAACUAAAGCAGCAGCAGCCAAGUCUCGCCUGGCUGCAGUGAAAGCGGCCAUGAAAGCCAAACAGCAGGCAGCCGAGGCGGAGAAAGCAGCAAAAGACGCUGGUAACGAAGAGGACAACCACAGCCUGAACUCUCAGGAACCACAAGCAGAGCUCCAACCGCCAGUGGUCUUUGACGGCGGCUUCUUCCAGGUGGAGAGCCCAGCCAGACGAUCGGGAUCAGUGAGGAGAUCUGGCUGUCUGAGUGCUGCCGCGCUGCCUCAGGCCUCUCCCUGCUCCAACUACCUCACACCUAGAAGAGUCACCCGGCGAUCCCUCGCGCUGGCACAGACUCCCCUCCACCCCGCCGCCUCUCCUGCACAGCCCAUCCACACUCCUUCCCACCUCCGUCUUUCCCUCAACCGAACCCCAGCACAAGCACCAAAGUCUCAACACGGCACUCCUCAGUCAUGCCGCAACAGAAAGGACGCCGUAAACGUCUCCCUUUGUUUCUCACCCGUCGAGGAAGUGCUCUCAGAUGACGUCUCCAUGCAGGAAGACGUCGCUUCUGUUCCUGAAAUGAGCACGCCUUUACAUUCACUUCCGUCCAUUUGUGUAGUCGAGGAGCAAGAGGAACCAGCGGUUGACCUCCCUCUCUCUCCAAGACUUUCCCUCUCUCCAUGCAAAACAACUCCACCACCCUCCGAGGCCCCUGAGCCCUCAUCAUCCCUGAGUUUCACGCUGUCACCCUACAUGACGCCCAGUCAGCCUCCCAUCUCCUCACCUGCUGUGCAGGGCCUUGUUGAUGCCCAAGAGUCUGUGUGUGACACACCAGACAGCUCAGUUGUCGAGGAAAAUCCUGCGUUGGACUUUGAGCGUUACUUCCAGCCUUCACAGAGAUGCAGCCUGUCACCGCGGGAGACGGUUGCCGUAGAGACGCUGUCCCCCAUGGCGGUGGAUGUAGAGAUGGAGAGUCCCAGAGGUCAAUCAGAGGACCUGCUUACUCAGCAGGAAGCAGUCACUACAGCACAUCCAGCGGUGUCUUCGGUGUUUACUCUUCACUCACCACAGGCCCAGACAGCCGAGUCGGCGAUGCUUCUCUUCACCCCGGACCUGAAGGACCGGAUACGCCAGUCUGUCUGCCCGAGUGACCUCAUGGUCUUCACCCCUCCCUUCUAAUGUGCAGCAAAGAGAUUUUCUUAUACAAGUUAAAGUUUUUUACAUAUAUUGACUACUUUUGUUACUGUAUUUUGGGGAAAAAAAGUAUCUGAGUGAUUCUGAUUUAUAUUUUUAGAUUACUGGAAUAUAGUGUUGCGUUCUGAUUAAAGUUUUAGUUACAACAAGC